AUCUGUCCAGUGAAGAUGGCACCCUUUCCGGACGAGGUGGAUGUUUUUACUGGCCCACACUGGCGAAUGAAGCAGCUGGUGGGCCUAUACUGCGAAAAGCUGUCCAAAACCAACUUCUCCAACAACAAUGAUUUCCGCUCGUUUCUUCAGUCGCUGUGCGCCACCUUCAAGGAGUUCAAGAUGCACGAGCAAAUUGAGAAUGAAUACAUCAUUGGCCUGUUGCAGCAGCGCUGCUGCACUGUGUACAAUGUGCACUCUGACAACAAACUCUCAGAGAUGUUGUCCCUCUUUGAGAAAGGCCUGCACAGCGUUAAGAGUGAAUAUGAGCAGCUCAACUAUGCCCAGCAGCUGAAGGAGAGACUAGAAGCUUUCACACAGGACUUUCUGCCGCACAUGAAGGAAGAAGAAGAGGUGUUUCAGCCUAUGCUUAUGCAGUACUUCACCUAUGAGGAGCUCAAGGACAUCAAGAAACAGGUGAUAGCACAACACUGCAGCCAACAGCAGUGGGAUUGUGCCGCAGAAGUGCUGAAGGGCUUCAGCUUGUGGAGCCAGGCAGAGGAGCUGCAAAAAGCCUUUAAAUAUGCUGAUCACGAGAAGACAGACUAUGAACUGGAAAAGAACAGGAAUUCUUCAACCCACAUCUCACAGCUUCCCACUGAAAUUAUGCUGAGGUUGUUUCAUUAUUUGGGCCCUGAGGAUCUGUGCCGCUGCAGCCAAGUCAGCAGCUCUUGGUCAGAGCUAGCCAAGACCGGAUCUUUGUGGAAGCACCUCUACCCUGUACGCUGGGCCAGAGGUGAUUACUACAGCGGCCCCCCCGGGGAUCUCGAUCAGGAACCAGAUGAGGAGUGGGUGAAGAGUCGGCAAAAUGAGGGUCGUGCCUAUCAGGAAUGGGAUGAGGAUGCUGAUGUUGAUGAGUCUGACGAGUCGGGCCAAACAGAGGGCUCCCUGGCAAUUAGCGCUGCUCAGCGAGAGAAGAGACUCCUGAAUGGGAUCAUCCAGAACCUUCUGCCAGCCGUGGGUGCAUCUGUCAAGUCCAUUAUUCUGGCAUACAGUUCUACAGUGUCAAGUAAAAUGAUCCGUCAGAUUCUCAGUUUCUGCCCUAACAUUACUCAUCUGGACCUGACCCAGACUGAUGUUACAGAUUUUGCAUUUGACAGCUGGUUAUCUUUCGGAGCUUGUCGUUCUCUGGAGCACCUGGAUUUGUCAGGAUGUGAGAAGAUCACCGAUCACACCCUGAAGAAACUCUCUGUUGGUCUGGGUGACCUCACGUCUUCCACCCGCAUUGAUAAACAUUCAGAGCGGCGAGCCAAGCUUCUGAAAAGUUCUCCAGUUCCCAUUACGCUCAUGGAUGAGAGAAAGCUGCAUCCAGUGGGGCGAAAGCAGCAGGCCCUUAUUUUCAAGCAGGGGACUGGCCGUUGGGGCGCUGCCUGCACGCCCACACAAGUGUGGGUCCUGGACUCUUCAGACCUUGCUGAUAUUGAAGAUGCUGCAGACUGGAGCCGUCGUGGUGGAAUGGCGCUCCCUGACGCAGAAAGCUUUGUAGAGGCACAGCUUGUGGAAGGCUCAUGCUGCUGCAGGAGGAGGAGGAGGCGUGGGCACAGGACUGGCUCAGAUCCUUCCUUUUUGCAUCAGCAGUUUGCCAUGUCUGGGGAAAUGUUUUGUGGUCACUCCACAUGCUGCAGUAGCGACAUGGCCCUCAGGACUUUUACUGGGCCGCAGUGCAAACCAGGCACCACCAAGAACACCACUGCAGAAUCGAGGACUAAAUGCUUCCCAUUUGGGGGCGUGCAGUGUGUGGAGCCUGAAAACAGGACUGACUGGUCAGAAGCCAAACGCUCACUGAGAUUUCUCAGUCUCUCUGGGUGUUAUCAAGUCACUGAUUUGGGCUUGAGGGCUCUGUCUCAGCGUGGAGGACUUCCUGUCCUGGAGCAUCUCAACUUAUCUGGUUGCCUCUUCAUCACUGAGGUGGGGCUGCAGGAGCUGGUGUCAGCCUGUCCUUCCCUCAAUGAUGAACACUUCUAUUACUGCGACAACAUCAACGGUCCUCACGCAGACACGGCCAGCGGCUGCCAGAACCUGCAGUGUGGUUUCAGAGCCUGCUGUCGCUCUGGAGAAUGAUCCUGCUUGGCAAUGCUCUCCUGAAAUGUCACUUCUCCUUGUUAUUGCACUUUAUCCUGGGAAAACCAUUUGCUGUAAUUUGUGUCACUUAAAAAUGUUUCUUGAUGAAACUGUAAUUUUUGCUCCUGUUAUUUCCAUCUAUAUUUAAUGGAGAUGAUCCUUUAGAAAAGGAAAAUGUAACGGGGUGGAUUUGAAGUGUCUGCAAAUGUACAUUCUGGUUCCUUUUUUUUUGUUUUGAAAAAGUAAAAAAAAAAAAAAAGACUAGAGAAACAUGAAUACCUGUAGUUAGACCACCUUUCUUUACAGAAGUCUGCUUCUCCCCUUGCCGUUAACUCAGUUUUAAUCUGCGUAGUUAACUGACUUAUUGCAGGAUCAAAGUGAUGUUUUUUUUCUACCUUAAUCAAGCUUUGUCCAUAAUUGGAGAACAUAAUGUGGAAAGUUAGCCAGGAGUGAACUCAUCUCCCUGUACAUUGAAGCUGACUGUUCUAGAGGGCUGUCCUGUUGGUGAUGGUUACAGUCUGUACAUAGGACUUUUUGACUGCUCUGCUCUAUGUCACUGCUCACAGAAGCCAUUCAAGUUACUGAGACAGGAAUUGGUACACAAUUUUGCGGUGUAGUCUUAGCCAUUUUGUCCAGAUUUGUGAUGCUGAAUGUUCAGUCACCAAAAAAAAAAAGUUCUUUGUGUUUACUUUUCUUUAUGCACUCCAGUGAGCGAAGAAAUGGACCAAUGUUCACGCACGACAGAUUCUGAUACGCUAACGGGGAGGGCGGUUAGAAUAAUCACCCUUUUAUUGGGAGAGGCCUACUGUGUUCCUGGCCAACUACAGUGCUGCAUCGUUUAUCGCUGCAGCAGGAUUUAUUUUCUUGUUCGAAAGUCUUGCAUGAGUUCUCUUGGAAAUGUUCAUAACAAAAAAAAUAAAAGUUUCUUGAAUUUAGAAA